GAGACAUACAAUCCAACCCUGACUGUACAGUAAGAUGUUAUGCUCUGAGGCGGGACUGUUCCACUGCGCGCACUAAUACAUGCCGGUUGUUGUAGUAUGCUCUCGUGCCACCCUUUAAGAGAGCCUGCUCUACAAACUCCAUUUCCCAUGAGCCUCUGUGUGGUGAUCCUGCGCUCCCAUUGGCCGGCUGCUGCACCCGCAGCCCCAGAGAAUGAAUGAAAUUGAAAUUGCUGCUUACAUUAGGACCUUCAUGUACAAUACCGGGGAUCUGCAGCUCUCACACAUUCUAUCAUUCCGUGACAAAAAUGGCCACAGCGGUCCAGAACCCUCCGAAAUCGCAAUCGAGUGGAACAGUCAUAAAGAACAGCCUGGGCGAGGAGUUUUAUCGUGAGGCGAUUGAACAUUGUCGAAGCUAUAAUGCUCGCCUGUGUGCCGAGCGCUCCAUGCGUCUGCCCUUCCUGGACUCACAGACUGGCGUGGCACAGAGCAACUGCUACAUAUGGAUGGAGAAGAACCACCGAGGCCCGGGCGUGUCUCCGGGGCAGCUGUACACUUACCCAGCUCGCUGCUGGCGCAAGAAAAAACGGUUAAACAUCCUGGACGAUCCACGUCUGGGACCCAUCGAGUUUAAGAUAGACUACGAGUCGGCCUUGAAGAAAGAGGGAGGUGUUCCUGAGGGUCCCGUCCUUGAGUCCUUGCUCAGCGGAGAGCCUUUAGAUAAGAAAGUGGAGACAAAGGAGGAGGAGGCCAUGAGCGAGUGUCAGAAGCUGCUGGUGGGAGACUUUCCUCAUGAGAUGGACGUGGAAGAAAUGGAGGAGGACGUGCCUAAGCGCAAGAACCGCACCAAAGGACGGGCUUGCGGUGUAGGAGGAAUGAGGAAGAGGCAGGAACCGGCCUCCAUAGAGGACAGAGACAAGCCAUACGUUUGUGACAUCUGCGGUAAGCGCUACAAGAACCGCCCGGGUUUGAGUUACCAUUACACUCACACACACCUGGCAGACGAGGAGGGUGAAGAAGACUCGGAACGACACACUCUACCCUUUCAACGCAAGAACAACCACAAGCCCAAAAAAGCAGCAGAUGGCUCGGUCAUCCCCAACGGCUACUGUGACUUCUGCCUCGGAGGCUCGAAGAAGACGGGCUGCCCAGAGGAUCUUAUCUCCUGUGCAGACUGCGGACGAUCAGGCCACCCGUCCUGCCUGCAGUUCACAGUCAACAUGACGGCAGCAGUGAGGACUUACCGCUGGCAGUGCAUCGAGUGCAAGUCCUGCAGCCUGUGUGGCACCUCCGAGAACGACGAUCAGCUUUUAUUCUGUGAUGACUGCGAUCGAGGAUAUCACAUGUACUGUCUAAGUCCACCUAUGGCAGAACCUCCAGAGGGGAGCUGGAGUUGUCACCUGUGUCUGCGGCAACUAAAGGAAAAAGCCUCUGCUUACAUCAUGCUGAAUUAAUCUUCAUUACACGUUGGGUUGCGGCCGCCCAGCCUCUGCCUCCACAGCCUCAUCAUGACAAACCAACACGGCAGAUUGAAAGAGACGCUCGAUUCGCAUGAAAGAACAAUCCACACUGCGUCGGUCCUGCAGGGAAUUUGCAACCGUCCAUAACCGCUCAUGGAGAGAACAGGUUCCUCCUUCAUUUCUGGUGCACAGCAGACGUGCCUCCUGUUUAUUCAGUCCUAAAUACACUUUCCCACAUCUCCCUAAUCAUUUUCUCCAGCUAUAUGACUAGGGAGUGAUUUCAAUCGAUGCACACGUUUAUUUAGCGGUGCUUAGUCAAGAGGCGCUGAGCGACUCAUCGCUGAAGAGUCCGUUUUAACGUGUGGCUCAAGAGGGCACUUGAACGGCAAGAGACUCUGAGUGUUCUCGUCGGAGAAAAAGACUCAACAAAAAAAACGCAUCGACUGACUGCUGAUGAGGAAAACGCCACGAGAUCUCCAUAGUCGCUUUUGGUUCGUGAAGCACCGCUAAUACUAUUUUUCAGCUGUCGUGCCGCCAACUCUCUGCAGUCCACUGUGAGAGGUAGACACCAGCAAGUCACGUGACCAGAUUUAGCCACCAGGUCUUAUUCAGACUAUAAAGAGAAGAGCUCAUUACAGCUCCAGAGAGAUCUACACAUCAAUGUUUUAUUCAGCGCCUUCUGAGGUGCACCUUAUGGAGCUCAAGACAUCACCCUCAGAUCGAAGGUCGAUUAGAAGAACUGUGCUGGCCUGCAGUCUUAAGAGACUCGCUUGGAUUUGCCUGGGAGAUACGAGUCUAUUUUUAACACGCAAAACGUCGGUGUUUUCUUUGAACGGAUACCCUUUAAGCUCAAGGAGGUCUGAGGUGCAUGACAUUCAGCUUGGAGGGGGUACUUUAGGUCAAAAACAUUCGAACUUUCUGCUAAUCGUCCGUCCGUCCAUCCCUCCAACUCCUCCCUCCUGCUUUUAUUUACUUAUUUCUUUUUCUCUCCUUCCGAAAAAGCCAAUCUAAGAUAUUCUCUCUGUGUGUUCGUCAGGGUGUAUAGUAAUGAAUUACGUCCAGCCUUGUUUUAAAAACAGGGCCUUAAUGUCCGUUUUUUUUUUUUUUUUUUUUUUUUUUUUACACAUUAUUACUUUGGAUGCAUGUUGUGAUACUGUUUUAAAAAUGAAACUUUUAAGAAUGGGCGAGGGGUGGGGGCGGGGAACAACAACAAAACAACAACCUAUGAAAGCACACUUAAUUCGCAAUAAUGUGUUCGUGACCCUCUUGGGGGGACGUUGCGUCUGUGUGUAUGUACUGUAUGUACGACACUUUUUGUGGAACUGUGAGACAUAUUGGAAAGGCGCAGGACUUUUGGGAGCUUCACCGUAACGACACCGUAUUUCCCUUCGAUUCUUUAUUCAUUUUUUUUUUUUUCCCAAUUUUUACUAUUUUCUGGACAAACUGAAAGCCAGUUCUGAGACGAAACUAUAGCGCCUCGUUUUUGUACAAUGAGCUCUUUCCUAUCUGUAAGUCUGCUUUGUGUUCUGGGAGUGUGUAAUUGCAGUGUGCUUAAAAAAAAAAUUAAAUAAAAAAAAAAAAGAAAGAAAAAAAAAAGAAGAAGAAGAAGAAAAAAAAAGGAAAUAAACCCAGUCGAGUAUUACUGGGAUGCCAGCAUGUGUAUGUGACUUUGUGCUGAGGCGAUCUUGAACCCAAAGUCCCGUCCAUCUGUGGCCUACCUGAAAGAACCGUCUGCUUUUUUCUUUUCCUUUUUGUUUCAGCCCACAAGCUUUAAGUUGGGAGACACUUUUGCUGUACAUAAACCUUUUGCUCUCUUAUUUUCGAAUGGAACGUACUUGCCAUAUGAUUCCUGGAAAAUGUUACGACUUCAUAUACAUUAAAAUGUGAAAACUAAGCUUCCUGGAUUAUAAAAAAAAAAAAAAAAAAUCUGUCGGGUCGUUUCUAUUUUUGUAUUUUCCCAAACUGUUUAAACCACUAGAUCAGAUCAUGGGUCACGGCUUUACUGUGGACACGAUAUCACACGAGUAGAAAUGUUUCAUUUUCUCCGUCGGUUCUCUUCCUUAUACCGACCCUUUUGAGUACUUCUUGUUUAACGAU